UCUCCCAGGACUUCUGUGAUGCCAGUCCACUUCUCCAGCCCAACAGCAACCUGGGUCCCUUCCCUGGUCCCCUUCACGCUCAACUUCACCAUCAGCAACCUGUAUUUUGAGGAUGACAUGCUGCACCCCGGCUCCUGGAAGUUCAACAGCACGCAGAGGAUCUUGCAGGGUCUGCUCCAGCCUUUGUUCCGGAAAAGCAGUCUGGGUAUCCUCUAUUCAGGCUGCAGGCUGGCCUCGCUCAGGCCCGAGAAGCACAAAUCAGGCACCAGAGUGGACGCCAUCUGCACCUACCGCUCUGACCCCCUGGGCCCCAGUCUGGACAGGGAGCAGCUGUUCUGGGAGCUGAGACGUGAGACCCAUGGGGUCACCCAGCUGGGCCCCUAUACCCUGGACCCCAACAGCCUCUACGUCGAUGGUUACACCCAACGGAGUUCAGCAGCCACCACCAGCACCCCCGGCCCUGCCCUGACCCCCUUCACCCUCAACUUCACCAUCACUAACCUGCACUUUAAGGAGGACAUGCAGCACCCUGGGUCCAGGCUGUUCACCCGCACACAGAGCAUCCUGCAGGGCCUGCUCAAGGUCACGUUCAGGAACUCCAGCCUGGGUCCCCGCUACUAUGGCUGCAGGCUCUCCCAGCUCAGGCCUAUGAAGGACAGGGAAGCCACGGGAGUGGACAUCAUCUGCACCUAUCUCCCUGACCCCAAGAGACCCCAGUUGGACAGGGAGAAGCUAUACUGGGAGCUGAUCACCCACGGCAUCACCCAGCUGGGCCCCUACACCUUGGACCACAACAGUCUCUAUGUCAAUGGUUACACUCAGCAGACCUCAACUACCACCUCCAGAACCACCGUCUCCACCCUGCUUCCUUUGACCCUCAACUUCACCAUCACCAACCUCCACUACAAGACCAGCCUGGGGACCUCCGGAUCAGAAGAGUUCCACAUUCUAGACAAGUACCUGCAGCAAUUGCUGACUCCUCUGCUGAACAGCUCCAGCCUGGGGCCCCUACAUCCCAGCUGCAGACUGAGCGCCCUCUGGCCUGAGAAGCACAAAUCAGGCACCAAAGUGGAUGCCAUCUGCACCUACCGCCCUGACCCCCUGGGCCCCGGGCUGGACAGAGAGCAGCUGUUCUGGGAGCUGAGCCGUGAAACCCAUGAGGUCACCCAGCUGGGCUCCCUCACUCUGGACCCCAACAGCCUCUACGUCAAUGGUUUUACCCAUCAGGCCCUGACCUCCACCCCCAGCCAUCCUGUGACCUCUGCCUUGUCCCCAGCAACCUCGAGGACCCCGUUCACCACUGUCACAGCCCCCGGCCCUGCCCUGACCCCCUUCACCCUCAACUUCACCAUCACUAACCUGCACUUUAAGGAGGACAUGCAGCGCCCUGGGUCCAGGCUGUUCACCCGCACACAGAGCAUCCUGCAGGGCCUGCUCAGGGUCACAUUCAGGAACUCCAGCCUGGGUCCCCGCUACUAUGGCUGCAGGCUCUCCCAGCUCAGGCCUGAGAAAGACAUGGAAGCCACUGGAGUGGAUGCCAUCUGCACCUACCUCCCUGACCCCAAGAGACCCCAGUUGGACAGGGAGAAGCUGUACUGGGAUCUAAUCUGGCUGACCAAGGGUAUCAGCCAGCUGGGCCCCUACACCCUCGACCAGAACAGUCUCUAUGUCAACGGUUACUCCUACCAGAUCAAGAGCACCACCCCUAGAAGUGCCACGGUGUCCACAAUUUUCCCAUCAGUGCCUACCCCUCUCUCCAGUUCCUCAGCCCCUGGCCCUGAGGAGCUGACAUCCUUCACCCUGAACUUCACCAUCACUAACCUGCACUUUGAGGAGGACAUGCAGCCAGACUCUGCCAAGUUCAACACCACAGAGACAGUGCUACAACACCUGCUCAAGACUUUGUUCACCAGUAGCAGCAUUGGUCCACGCUACAGAGGCUUUAGACUGAUUACACUCAGGCCUGAAAACGGUGGGGCAGCCACUGGAGUGGACGCUGUGUGUAUGUACCGCUCUGAGCCCACCGGUCCCGGGCUGGACAGGAAGCAGCUGUAUUGGGAGCUGAGUCAGCUGACCCUGGGUAUUACCCAGCUGGGGCCCUACACCCUGGACAAGGCCAGCCUGUCUGUCAACGGUUACACCAAACCAAUGUGGACCUCCGUCCCCAGUGCUGCAGCCACCGAACCCCCUGUGGUGCCUUUCACCCUCAACUUCACCAUCACCAACGUCCAAUACACAGACGACAUGUGGCCUCCGGGAUCCCAGAAAUUCAAUGUCACUGAGAAGGUCCUGCGGAAGCUGCUCGGAUCUUGUCUGAAAAGGACCAGUGUGGGACCCCUGUACUCCAGCUGCCGACUGGCCCAGCUCAGACCUGAGAAGCACAAAUCAGGCACCAGA